AUGGUGGUAUACCAUAAAUGCGCAUGCGCGCUCUCUGUGAAGCUUUACCGGAACGCAGUGGCUUACGGCGCGAAAAGUGAAUUUAUGACAACCCUUUCUUACGUUCUUUUCUCUCUUUACUCACCUGUUUUAGAACAUCUAUCUAACAUCUGGAUAGUAAGAUCUAUCUAUCUAUCUAUCUAUCUAUCUAUCUAUCUUUAUCUGCUGAAAUCUCCUGACGAUAUUAGCAUGCUUUCCCGCUUUUUCUUCCUCGCGCGCUCAUAUAUAGACACGUCAAAUCACUCAUCCUUCACUUCUUUGUUCGGACGAACUGUAGUCUACCGACCGACCUACUCUCUCACCGUCAUCAGUCGAUUCUUUAUCCGCCCUUAUUUCGGCGUUCAGCUUUCUUUCUUAAAGUUUUUAUUCGAAUUAUUUGAAUAUUUUUCUAAAGUUUUCACUAUCUAUCGAUCUAUUGUUCUGUUCAAUAUUUUUUUCUAUCCAUCUAUCUAUCUAUCUAUCUAUCUCAUUCUGUUCAUCUUCUAUCUAUCUAUCUAUCUAUCUAUCUAUUCUGUUCAUAUCUAUCUAUCUAUCUAUCUAUCUAUCUCGUUCUGUUCAUAUCUAUCUAUCUAUCUAUCUAUCUAUCUAUCUAUCUAUCUAUCUCUGUUCAUUAUCUAUAACAGAUGCAGAUUAAUGAUCAACCUCCUUAACCUAACCUUCUUUAACUCAGUUUCUUUCUUUCUCUCUUUCUUUCUUUCUUUCUUUCUUUCUUUCUUUCUUCAUACAGUUCUUUCUUUCUACAUACAGUUCUUUCUUUUUCUUUCUUUCUUUCUUUCUUUCUUUCUUUCUUUCGGUUUUUGGCUUAAAUCUAUCUAUCUAUCUAUCUAUCUAUCUAUCUAUCUAUCUAUCUAUCCCAACCUUUUCGAUCUAUCUAUCUAUCUAUCUAUCUAUCUAUCUAUCUAUCUAUCUAUCCCAAUCUUUUCAUAUCUAUCUAUCUAUCUAUCUAUCUAUCUAUCUAUCUAUCUAUCUAUCCAUCUAUCUGUAUCAGAUGUUCCCUAUCUAUCUAUCUAUCUAUCUAUCUAUCUAUCUAUCAUCUAUCUAUCCCAAUCUUUUCCUCCAUCUAUCUAUUAUCUAUCUAUCUAUCUAUCUAUCUCUAUCUAUCUAUCCCAAUCUUUCCAUCUAUCUAUCUAUCUAUCUAUCUAUCUAUCUAUCUAUCUAUCCCAAUCUUUUCCUAUCCAUUCAUCUAUCUAUCUAUCUAUCUAUCUAUCUAUCCCAAUCUUUUAUCUAUCUAUCUAUCUAUCUAUCUUCUUCAUCUAUCUAUCUAUCCUAUCUAUCUGUCCCAAUAUCUAUCUAUCUAUCUAUCUAUCUAUCUAUCUGUAUCAGAUGUUCCUAUCUAUCUAUCUAUCUAUCAUCUAUCUAUCUAUCCCAAUCUUUUCUAUCUAUCUAUCUAUCUAUCUAUCUAUCUAUCCCAAUCUAUCUCAUCUAUCUAUCUAUCCCAAUCUUUUCCUAUCUAUCUAUCUAUCUAUCUAUCUAUCUAUCUAUCUAUCUAUCUAUCAUCUAUCUAUCCCAUCUUUUCUAUCUAUCUAUCUAUCUAUCUAUCUAUCUGUAUCAGAUGUUUCUUCUUCAUCUAUCUAUCUAUCUAUCUAUCUAUCUAUCUAUCUAUCUAUCUAUCUAUUUCCUAUCUAUCAUCUAUCUAUCUAUCUAUCUAUCUAUCUGUUUUGUCCACAUCUACUUCUUCGUCCUGUAUUUCCUCUCCUUGCUAACUAUUAUUUGAUUGCGUCAUUCUCCCUUUUUUUAUAUAUAUUAUUUUUCUUUCUCUCUUUCUCUCUCCCUUUCUCUCUCUCUUUCUUUCUUUCUUUCUUUUCCCUCCUCUCUUCCUCUACUUCUUCUUUCUUUACUCUAUCUGCCCUCAUUACCAAUUUACUCUUUUCUCUUCCUCUCGCCGUUUUCAUCAAUUCCUUCUCACUAUUUUCCACCCCCUCCCCACUUCUUUUUUUUUUACUUUAUCGCGACUCCAUCUUUCUCCUGAUCUUACUGCCGCAGUCUCUCUAUCUUCGCGUUUCUGACUACGAUCUUCUUUCCCAACUCUCAGGUUUGCCCGCUUUUCGUGAGAGGCGACGUGCAACGACAGGGAAAAAAUUGGCAUAUCUAUCUAUCUAUCUAUCUAUCUAUCUAUCUAUCUAUAAUAAAUAA